AGAAAAGAAAAGAAAAAUGAAAUUCCAAUUCCACAAUUGCAAUUCCCUUGGUUUUUGAGAUAGAAAAGUGUAGAACCCAUGACGACCUCGGCUUUUCUGGGGGAAAAACCAUUGUUAUCAGCUCAUCAUCGAAUACGGGCGGUUCAUACUCCUGUUAUCCACCCUUCAUCUUCUACUUCUAUGGCAACACCUUCUCCUAAAUGGGCUCAAAAAACCAUCACUCUCUCUCCUCACCCUCGUGGCUGUCAUCUCAUCACUUCCAAGGUUAUGAAGGAAAUUGGGGAAGACUUGUCUGGCUUCAAUUGUGGGCUUGCUCAUCUUUUCUUGCAACAUACUAGUGCUUCUCUGACCAUAAAUGAAAAUUACGAUGAUGAUGUUCGAAAAGACACUGAGACAUUUCUUAACAAAGUGGUUCCGGAGGGUAGUUCUGCGCCAUGGAGGCACACAUUGGAAGGACCUGAUGACAUGCCUGCACAUAUCAAGUCAUCAAUGUUCGGCUGUGCAUUGACGAUUCCAAUCACUAAUGGAAAGCUUAACAUGGGAACCUGGCAGGGAAUAUGGCUGUGUGAACACCGUGAUUAUCCAACCCCGCGCAAAGUAGUAGUUACACUUAAUGGGAUGUAGUUGACAUCUCAGAUUCGUAUAUUGCUCGAGCUUCAAUUACUGCAUAUGCCAUAUAGGGCUUUUGCUGAUGGACAGAACUCUUAAAUGAUGGGCUAUAAUGUAUGUUUCAGACACAUUUGCACCCCAUGUCCAUCAAUUGUAAAUUGUUAUAAUAAGUCAUUAUUAGUCCAAGUGUUUUUUUGUGUUCCAUAUACACCAAUUACUUUCGAAUUACAACUUAUGCUUAAAUCAUGCUGGAAAUCUGCGUGGAAUGUUGCAGUUCAUCUUUAAAUGUAUAUGAAUUUUUUUUCCCUGCUGUGUAUAUGACGCAAUCUGCAUUCAUUCGGAAAGUUGCAGCUCAUCUUUAAUGUAUAAGAAUUUUUUUUC